CACAGUCAUCACUGCCAUCGUUACAAGUUCCUCCUUAAUCCUCUCUUUCUUUAUCUCGUUCUGUUCAACCACGAUCAGUCCAUCACCAAAAUCACCAUCAUGUCGUCUAACAACGGACAGAAGCUGAUAGUCUUCGGCCUGACCUUCGCCCAACAUGACAGCCGAAAGAUGCAACAGGUCCUUCGCCACUACAAUCGACUUCCUGGAAGCCCAGGAAGCAGGGCAUUACUAUUUGUCGAGCUUCAAAAGCUGGCCAAGGAGCUUGUCGCCAACGAAGCCUCCCAGAAGUCCCAGCAGCAGGCACAGCAGCUCACAGACUGGAUGAGGAACGGAGGGAGCUUCCCGCUUGGCGAAGUACCAGCGCCUGUGAACGCUGCUGCGUUCCACCACGGAGCCCACCUCCAAGGUUAUAGGCCGACUGAUCAUUCACAGCCGGAAUGGAAUGGUAAUCUUGGACCAGGUCACUUUCUUGAUAACGCAGUUGCUGAGGAUGAUGGCCCUGAGGAUGAUGACCACGAAGAUGGCAGCCCACAGGAAAAUGAUACAAGCAUGGAUGGUGCAGAACUCUUCGGCAUGGACUUUCCGUGGACAGGGGCGCACGCUUAA